AUGGAGAAGAAGGCUGCGAGGAAGAGGAAGAUGUCCCAGGACCAUCAGGUAGACAAGAAGCUGAGGACAGAGACCAGAGACGAUGAAUCUCCACGGCAGAACCUCAUGGAAGAAGCUGUUUUGAAGGACUCCAUGGCACAGGAAUCGAACAGGGAGGUAAAGCCCAAGAGAUCCCACAGGAUGAGGGCCUGCAAACCCAGCCCAGGGUGCUCUGAAGAGGAAAGACCCACCCUGUGCCAGGAAGGUGGACAGAGCUUCAGCCAGGGAUCAGAGAUGGUGGUCCAUGAGCAGCUUCAUGAUGGGGAGAAGCCCCACAAGUGCUUGGAGUGUGGGAAGAGCUUCAGGCAGAGCAGCAAUCUUGUCCGCCACCAGAUGAUCCACACUGGGGAAUGGGCCUAUGAGUGUGGGGAGUGUGGGAAGGGCUUCAGCUACAGCUCAGAACUCGUCAGGCACCAACGUAUCCACACUGGGGAGAGGCCCUAUGAGUGUCCUGACUGUGGGAAGAGGUUUCACACCAGCUCCAAUCUCCUCCUGCAUGAGUGGAUUCACACGGAUGAGAGGCCCUUCCGCUGUCCUGACUGCAGGAAGGGCUUCAACCGCAACUCCCACCUCGUCACCCACCGGCGAAUCCACACUGGGGAGAGGCCCUAUGAGUGUCCCCAGUGUGGACAGAGCUUCAGCCAGGGAUCAGAGCUGGUGGCCCAGGAGCAGCUUCAUCAUGGGGAGAAACCACACAAGUGCUUGGAGUGUGGGAAGAGCUUCAGGCAGAGCAGCACCCUGAUCCGCCACCAGAUGAUCCACACUGGGGAAUGGCCCUAUGAGUGUGGGGAGUGUGGGAAGGGCUUCAGCUACAGCUCAGAACUCGUCAGGCACCAACGCAUCCACACUGGGGAGAGGCCCUAUGAGUGUCCCCAGUGUCAGAAGAGGUUUCAGACCAGCUCCAAUCUCCUCCUGCAUGAGCGGAUUCACACAGAUGAGAGGCCCUUCCGCUGCUCUGACUGCGGGAAGGGCUUCAACCGCAACUCCAAUCUCAUCAGACACCAGCGCAUCCACACUGGGGAGAGGCCCUACAAGUGUCCCCAGGGUGGGAAGAGCUUCAGACAGAGCUCUCAUUUGAGCAGACACCAACACAGUCACCAGUAAGGGAAGACAUGCAAAUGCUGCAACUGCAGGAAGAACUUUGUGCACUGCUCCAACUUCAUCCCUCAUGGGAGAACCAUGUUUGGAAGGGCCCUGGUGAUACGUGUUCACUGUGAUCCAUGCUGGGAAGACACCUGUUUGUUUUCCUGCCCCUGCCAAUGACAUGAUGUGAGCCUGAAGAACAUGAGGGUCUGGCCAGGGCUGUGUCAUUACAUUCACUCCGACCUCAGGUCAUUGCCAGGGGCAGGAAAGGAACUCUCUCUCUCUAUCUCUCCCUGAGGAGAAGGGUGUCCUUACCAGGCAGGAG